AUGCAAUUAGCAGGAGACAAUCGUCGUCCCAACAAAGUGACACGAUUCAAAACAAUCGACCCAAACUCAGCGGCAGCGCUGGCAAGCGAUGAUCCGAUGCCCGAAUACAUGAACGUACUUGGAAUGAUCUUCAGUAUGUGUGGUUUGAUGAUGAGGAUGAAAUGGUGUGCCUGGGCAGCUCUUCUCUGCUCAUGCGUCUCGUUUGCCAAUACUCGGUCAAUCGAUGACACAAAACAAAUUGUUUCCAGUUUCAUGUUGUCCAUUUCGGCGGUUGUGAUGUCUUACUUGCAAAAUCCGGCUCCUAUCGUGCCUCCCUGGGCAUCCUUGCUA